AUGUUUAGAGGUGGAACAGGUGGCCAGCACGGCGGAUCUUCACGCCUUGGCGUAUCAGCACCUCCCUUGAUUCAUUACGACACGAGCCAGCGGUAUGUACAACGGGAAAAGGAUAGCGGGACGGAUACCAAUUGGUGCUGUUUACGCCUGCUAACUGGACAUGCCACCCGACCCUCAUUUUCAGUCGUUGAUUUCGAUGGACAUUUCCAAUAGCGCAUAUCGAGGUUCCGUCUAACCCCGUGCUGGUCCAGCACAUAAUCUACCGCCUCACCCGUUAUAGAGUAGCCAAUUUGCAUUCAUGUGUACUACCUUGGUCUUAUUGAUAUUAGUGAGUGCUUUGCAGCUCAACUCAAGACGUUGGAAAAUUUAAAUCUAUAACCUCGCAUAUGCAUGCACUUGCCAACGCGACGAAUAUGCAAUAACAUAUUCAUGUGUUGUUGGAAGUAACGUUCAAGAGAAAACCAUUUACACUCAUCACAUACGGAUUUUGUACACAAAGUAACAAAUAGUGCAUCCGUUAGGCGCAUUGACUGCUCUGUUUAGUGUUAUAUGAAUCGCCGAAUGCCAGUCCUUAAUUUCAAUUGCCGAAUGACUUAUUCUGCCAAAGACGGAAUAAGUUGUUAUUUGUAAUCCGACGAUUCCGCAGAAGUAGCAAUGCGGUAUUUGAAUAUUAAGAAGAACAUGACAUUGUUUCCAUUUUAUCAAAAUAGGAAAUAAAAGAAGCAUUUAGAAACGCAUAAAAGGACACGAUAGAGAAAGCAACUGAGUUAAGGGCAUCAGAUAUGUUUUUGUACGCCGAGAAACUGGAAACUUAUUUCUCAACGUGAUUCAUGUGAAACUUCAUUCAUUAUUGUUACGUCCGUUAAUCUAUAGAUGUUAUACUUAGCUGAACUUUUCCUCUAUGCCGAUUCGGAGGAAGAAGAUUCCAUUUGGUUUUGUUUGAUCCAGUGUUUGUCUCGGCUCUUUACACGCAAUUGCGUUGAAAACAAAUAGACAAGGGCGUUUCGGCAUUUAGUCUAGGAAGUUCCACUUAUCGAUGAUACCGUCUGAGUUUCCGCACACUUUCACCUUGCUUUUCCCCGAAUAUAAUCAAAUAUUCCAAUACUUCCAUGUGUUUGACUUCAGAAAUCGGCUGUGAAUUAUUUUAGUCGCACAUUAUACAAGCAAACAAAGAAGACACACGUUUUAUUCCGUACAAUUAAUUUUCAGCCAAUAACAAAAUAUUCCUUUCUAUUUUCACUCAGUCAGCGCAAGCGUGUUUUAAAAUACUUUAAUGUUGUUUCACUUUUAAAUUCAAAGGUAACAAGUCGAUGCCAACUUGCCUGAAGAUGUAUUUGUUGCAAUAUGACUCAGCGUCUUUAUAGUAGCUUUUCGCCAAUGAUUGUCAAAGUUUUUGGAAUUGGUCCCCUCGUUAGAAGCCUCUAUUGCACAUAGUUUGUUAAAAAUUAGUCCAUCAAAGUGCAAUAAUUUUCCUGUUGAGAGGUCGCUUGAAAAUAUAUAAAACUCGGCGACAGCAGAAACAUUGUCCAUACUAAAGUACAUGGAAUUGGCAGCGCGACUUGGGACCCCAAACAUACCUGCAAGAUGAUCAAUGAUGUAUGCCAGAAAGAUAAUUUUGGCAACGUAAUUGCAGUAUACCAUAUCGCAUGAGGCAUAUCAUAUGGGAGGCACAGGUCAGAUUUAUCCAGAAAUGUAAUCUUUCCUUAAAAAUUGAUGCUUAUUAUGGCAAAUAAACACGUGAUACCAUACAAAAUGAAUAGAUUUUGAGGAAUCAAAUCUAUAUUUGGUGCUAUUUUUGGACGUAACGCGAAUUUAGACAUUUCAAAAAACAUUCAACGUUAAGCUACGAAAGAUGCAAAUACCACGUAUCUGAAUAGUACUUAGUUUAUUAAUAUAAUUGGGUGCAUAUACGUUCAUAGGGAAAGCACCACCAAGACAAAUACGAUGAUUGUGAAGAAUUAAUUUUCCUACACAAGAAAGAUCCUUCCUGAAUUUUGCACCUCAUGACCAAUAAAUGCGAACAGGAACUAUAUCGGGAAACUGUUGCUUACCUUUAGGAACACGCUGAUGAUACUUUUGGAAAAGGUAAGGCUGCACGACAAUUUCAAGAUUCGAGCUUUAUGAAGGCUGGCAGUAUCGAAGCACGCAUGCAUUACUAAACCAGGCGGAAUAGUCAUUAUGAACAUUGUUUCACUGUUGAACUUGUACGGAACAUCAGAUUCAAAUUUCAAUGUCCUUCGAAACUUAUUAAGUAAGACAUCAUCCAGAUGGACGUUCCCUCCGGUGCUUGGGCAAAUACUCCAGGCUUGAUAAAGUGAAUAUUAAACAUUUCCUUAUCAUAUAACAUAUAACACAGAACGUACAGCAUAUUAACGUAUAACAUAUUUAUUCCUACUCUACUGGGAUAUUGACAUUUACUAUUAAUUGAAAUAUUGCCAGCCUUAUAACAGGACGAAUUUUGAGGCGGUCUUGCACAUAAAUUUUUUUUGCUUUCAUAAGCUGAUUUUUCUCAGCUCUUUAUCAAGGCAAUAUAGGUUAUGGUGAACGAGUUAUUUAUUGAAAUACUGAUACGAUGUUAAUUUUUUCCGUGACUAACCUGAAUACCGACCCUAUUGUUUGAAAUGGCUACUAGCAAUAGUUUAUCAGACUACUAUUCACUAAGGAUUUGCAAUUGCACAAACCUGAAUCAAACAACCCCUGUAUAUUAAUAAUACGUGUUGGCAGCAACAGGCCGUUUAAUUCGUGAGACAAGGAUUAUCAUCUAACCGAUAAAUCUGUAAGUAUAGACCAUUUGCAUGCACGUUCAAAACUCAAAUGCAUGUAAUUAUACUGCGAUAAAUUGCUUUGAGUAUAAACAGGUGUCCCAGAGCGUACACUGUUCUACAGCCUUCUUGCAUGUCAAACCAAAUCUCAUCUACAGAAGAUGCGCAAGCAUUCCUAUAAACAGCUUGCAGGCAAAACCCUCCCUAACUGUUAUAGUUUCUGCUGUCAAUAGUAUAUUAGGCUACUAUUAAGCAAGCAUUUGACAGUUGCACACACCUUAAUUAAACACCCCCGUAUAUUAAUAGAUGGAUAAUAUGAGUUGGAAACAAGCUUCUUUAUCACUAAGGUGAAGAAUAAUAUCAUAGCGUAAAAUGGCUGAAUUUAGAUCAUUUUCAUGCGCGUCCAAGACGCGAAUAAAUGUAAUUUGACUGCAAUAGAUUGCAAUCAGCAUAAAUUAGUGUCUACGGACAUACAUUCACGCGCAACCUUCCUGCAUGCCAAACAAAAUCCCAUCUGCAUAAGAAACGCAAGCAUUCCAAUAAACAGCUUGCAGGCCAUCGUCUCAGGGAAAACUGCAUCAGCGUGCAUCAUGCUUUAUUUAUACAGAAAGACUGUGACCAACAAUGAAGUGACAAACAAACUAAAGCGAAGGCGUUAUGCAGAUGUUAACGAGAGAUGCGAACUAGCUAAAGCUAUACCUCUCUUUCUUCUCCUCUCCCACUUGGAUCCGCUGUCAAGACAGGGUCGAGAAGACCGGACGCGGGGCAGGACACAAGUGGGCGACGCAGCUGGGCCCGCAUCUUAGCGCUCCACACGACACUCCCUGGUCCAGAGAACAAAUGGUCAGAAUUUUAACUAACUACAGUAACAACACAACGACAGAUGAGAACGAUACUCCCCGGACGGAUACUGACUAAAGUUUGAUUUCGCCUGUGUGGGCUCUAUUUUGGCACCUGAGCACGCACUAUUUAGCGUGGAGUAAUUUUGGAGGUGGUACUCACUAACAGCAGUUGGGAAGUACCCCACUGCGGCUUUGGUUACUCCACUGCAGGUUUGACACUCUGAUGUCCGCCACAGUUAUUACCACUCACAUUUUUGCUAGUAUCACAGUCUGAAUGCUGUAUUGAUGUCGUUCUACCAUCAGCGGCGAAUACGUCGGUCUGGGAACCAUGCCACCUGAAAAAAAGGGUAAAAUAUAUUGCCGUCAGAAAAACAGUAAUCUAAUUUCGAUGGUCUGUCUGACCUGAACCAAUACCGUCCUUGUUUGCAUAAUGCGUUUCAUAUUUCUGUCCGAUACACAUUUAAAGACAUCAGUGUGAUAAAUUGGGGGCCUUUGCGUAGGACAAAAAAUCGAAUUGGUGUAAAUGCGCAAGCAGAAAAUUGCAUUUUCAGACAAUUGGUCAAAUAACGAAGGCGCAUGCAAGGGCACUCUAUCGUCCCUAAGCGUCUUCUAUGCCCGGAUCAGCAAGUCAUGACCUUCGCAGACUGCUUUGCGCGGGCAGUUUUCCAGCACCUGCUUCCCUACUGCUAGAUGCGCUUGCGUUGCCGUCUGGUAUGCAGACUGUAAGCAUAGCUGUUAAGUUAACAUCGUCAUCCUGACCCCUUGUGGUGGCUCUUAUUGAUGGUUAAAAUCCAGGUAAUUUGCAGAGUGGACCAGGAGUGUGAAGUGGAGCAAAAUGGCGCGGCUCCGACAGCCUCAUCCACCUGCGCAAUCGCCUGCCACGUGUCUUCUUGGACACAGGACUUAGGCGACGAGGGAGCAGUAAGUGCGGUAGAUGCUGUUCAAGUCUCUGCGCCUAAUCCCCUUCGAUGUGAAGAGAACGAUGGAUAUCGUUGUCAUGGGCGCUCGAACUGUCACCAAUGAAGAGUGACAGGGCCAACGACAUGUCGGGGAAGAAAGACAUUAGCCGCUGGACACGUUAGAGAGGCUUAGAAGGUGUGGUUUUGAUGAAUUUUUAAUGAUUCCUCGGAUAACCUUGUCAACCUUGAUAUUUUGCCAAUAAACUAUUACGGAACAUAUUUAGGGCCUUUACAUUUACUGUAUACUGCCGGUAAAUCAUUUGCUUCUCAAGACAAAUGAACGACCAUCGAAAAACAUGCUCCAUAAAGAAAGCAUUGAAUUUAAAUCCACAAGCAAUCUGAAAGUAAGGACAUCGUAGCAAGCUAAAUGUGUUUCAUCUCAAAGACACUGCUGUUCUAUAUGUUAAUUGUGUUCUGCCAUGGUUUUCAUAAUAUUGUCUUUCUACUAGGUUAUUAAGAUUCCACUGAUGAGUGAGCGAAGUAAGCCGCUUAAAUGGUAGAGAUUUGUAUAUAAAAGUUCGUUAAAAUAACGCAUAGUUUUCGCACUAGUAUUUCAUCAGGUUUGUUUGUUUAAGAAGAAUUUAAAGCAGGCAUUGACAGCAGAAUUGAUUAAACUCACUGGCGAAGGAUGCCUUGCCCUUUCGCCCCGCGUCAAAUAAGGUUUAAGACUUUAAAUGCACUUGUGAAUGCAAGUACAUUGGGCGAACGCAAAGGCAACUGGCAGCCAGGUCAGUUGAGCACCUGCCUAAAUGGCUUCUUCAGCAGGAGAAUAAGAUUCCACGGUCUUCGAUUACAAAACACCUCCUUGAUAGUGGUCAUUCGGUUGACUCCAAAACAUCUUUUCAAGUAUUAGUUCGAACAAGAGCAACUCGAUUACUGCGUUACCUGGAGGCGGCUUACAUACGCGGGAGAAACCCGACCUAUGUAAGUAGUUAGCACACGUGGUCAACCUCAGCUUGCCCUGAUAGACCUGAGCCCUUUUGAUUUACGAAAUCCCUCGAAGUGUUUAAUUUCCCACUUUCUUUCCUCUGUUGCGUUUUGAAGUUACCAUUUUACUGAUAAAUCUACAUGCAGUAUACGAUGACCUUGCUGUUUUACAUUUAUUUUCUCUGUCCCUGUUUCAUCGCUGUAACGCAACGUGGCAGGUGUAAACACAUAUUCUAGGUUCGUCUAUUCCCCGGGGAGUCUAAGCGUUUAUACAAACAUUUUAUGGAAGCACACCAUUGGCUUGACCAAACGUAUGGCCACUGUUUCUGUCGUUGCAAUUAUCGUCUACGCAUUCGCCGCAGUCAGCCAAGUUAGUCAGAAUUGCCCUAGAGAUGGACUUUUCCGUAAUUUGAUUUAGCCAGGCAUGAUGGUUCUGUCGCAUCCGAUUGGGCAGGCGCGCAGUUGUUCGACCAGAAUAUUCUGCCCAAAUGGAGCAAGUGAAGGCGUAGAUGUGCAUUGACGAGGUCAGAAGUGGCAGUCUUUCCUUACCCUCGAUGCGAAGAUGCGGAGUUUUUGUGAAAAUAAGUCUUAUUUUGGCGGCAAAGCACGUGCGCGCCGUAACAGAUUUAUGCAUUUUUUGCUAAGUAUGCAUGGCAAAAUUUGCACGUAGAUGUACAAACGAGCAUUAACUUAAAUAUAGAUAAUAAUGUUAUUAAUCAUACCACCACGGGCGAGAGCGUCUUAAACUAGAAACGCCAUCUAAAAUCACAUUAGUGUGCAAGGGCAAAGUGAUUCUAAAUGUAUAUAUUUGUGUGCCGUCAGAAAGUACUUAAACUGCAGUAUUUUGCUGACAGUUUUCAUUUCAAAUGUGUUCCUGUAGACCAGCGAUUAUAUACCAUGUCGUUGAUAAUACCAGUACAUAAAUACAUCUUUUAAUACAGAAUUACUCUAGUUUUGACUUGGACAUUAUUAGUACGUGUUAUUUUUUCAGUAGCAGUAUCACUAUAUUUCAGGGAAAGUAGGUGGGUACCUUUGAAAUCCCUAUUGGUUACAUGCGGGGGAUAUAUAUGGAGGAAAUGUAAAGGAAGUAGCAUGAAAUAAAUGCGAGGGGAAUAGCAAAAACUGUACAGAUGAACACAGAAUGUCGUGCGUUAACAGAAUUUAGUGGUGCAUUAACUUGCUUUGCUGAUCAAAUACAGCGGACAGUUAAGAUACACUUAAGAUACGGGAAAAGAAGUAAAAUUGCUUAGUCUACAGGUAUCGUGGUAAAUGCGAACAGCGGUGUGCGACGUGGCCCAAACUUAAUAUAUUACAUAAACAUAUAUAACUUAAAUGUUGGUAGUAGCGUCGCUAUUCUACAUUAUCAACGUUGGCUGCCUAGGUGGCCGUCGUCCGGCGUUAUUGUCGUGCGCGCUACAAUGCCGAUCUAGCCUCCAUUUGAAAGUUUCUACCGAGCCCGACAUACCAACAUUCUCAGGCAAGGCAUUCCAAGCUGCAACCACUCUGUUGGAGAAGAAGAACUUUCGGGUGUCUAGCCGGGCUCCAGCCAUACGCAGUUUGAGUGUAUGGCCUCUCAGGUUAGUCGUAGUCGCCAACUCGAAGAAGUCUCCAAACGCGAGGCAGCAGCCCUGAUUGCGCACUAUGUGGAAAGCUUGUCUCUGGUCCCCACGUAGCAGUCUGUAACUCAAAGGAAAGAGGCCAAGAUUAGCUAAUCGCAUUUCGUAGGGUAUUGACCACUGCCCAGAUACAAGUUUCGUUGCUCGCCGUUGUACUUUUUCGGGUAUGCCCAAGUCUUUAGUGGUCCAGGGUCGCCAUGCUUGGAUAGCAAACUCCGGAUGCGGUCGCACAAAAGUUUGAAAGAUCUUGGCGAAGCAGUCUUCAUCAAAGUAGGAAAACGCCCGUUUGACAUCGCCGACUUGGCCACCUUUAAGCAUUGCAGCGAAGGCUUAAGCGAAGUUGUGAUCCAAACAUCCAAGUCCUUCUGGGCGCCAACUACUUGCAGUGGUUUGC